GCUUAUACGCUGCGGUCAUGAACAAAGUUACUUUUCGAGUCAAUGGCAUCACACACUCAGUGGGAUCUGAUGUCAGUUCCACCACUACUUUGCUGGAGUACCUUCGAAGGGAUUUGGGGCUCCAUGGGACCAAGUAUAUGUGCUUAGAAGGUGGCUGCGGAGCUUGCAUCGUCAGCGCCACAAAAAGCCACGGAGAGGCUCCACAAGGUGUCAAUUCUUGCAUGGUCUCAGUAACAUCAUGCCAGGACUGGGAUAUCGAGACUAUAGAGAAAGUUGGGAAUCGUUUGGACGGAUAUCAUCCUCUGCAGAAAACCCUCGCAGAGACAAACGGGUCACAGUGUGGAUAUUGCUCCCCGGGGAUGAUCAUGAAUAUGUACAGUCUCAUGAAAUCGAAAAAGCUUACAAUGCAAGAAACAGAGAAAUCUAUGUCCAGCAAUGUCUGUAGAUGUACCGGGUAUAGACCAAUUUUAGAAGCCUUUAAGAAAUUCUCCUCAGAUGCUCCCAACCCACUAGACAUACCAGACAUUGAGGAUUUAAAAAUAUGUGAAAAAUCAGGAGAAGUUUGCUCUAAAAGCGAUUGCGAUGAAUCAGACUGGUGCAUGGUGUCUAGGAAUGAAGUCAUACAUAUACCAUUGCGUGAUAAGAGAGAUUGGUACAGAGUUUAUACGUUGCCUGACAUUUUUGCCAUAUGGCAAGCGAGACGAACUCAGUCGUAUAUGCUUGUUUCUGGUAAUACAGGGAAAGGUGUAUAUCCAAUAUUAGAGUAUCCACAAUUGCUCAUAGACAUCAGCGGUAUAUCGGAAUUGAAAACCUACUAUAUGGAUCAAAAUUUAGUGAUUGGUGCUGGUCACACUCUUACAGAACUUAUUAAUAUAUUUGAAACAGUAGGAAAGACCGCGAAUUUUGGUUAUCUCAAUGUACUCAAUGACCAUUUAAAUCUUGUUGCACAUGUAGCAAUUAGAAAUCUAGGAACUAUAGCUGGUAAUUUGAUGUUGAAGAAUCGACAUCAUGAAUUUAAAUCGGAUAUUUUUCUCCUACUGGAAACUGUGGGUGCUGAAUUAACCAUAAUGGUUGCUCCGGGAAGGAUUAAAUAUCUGAGCAUGCAAGAUUUCCUUCGCGAGGAUAUGACGGCCAAAAUAAUAAUGAACAUUUUAUUGCCACCGCUUACUAAUGACCACAAAAUUGUUACUUACAAGAUAAUGCCUCGGGCUCAAAACGCUCAUGCCUUAAUACAUGCAGGAUUCAUAUACAGGCUCGAUGCAGCACACAGGGUCAUUGGCUCCAGAAUCGUCUAUGGAGGUCUUUCUCCAACGUUCAUUCGAGCAACGAGAACUGAAAGAUAUUUGCUCGGCAGAGUCUUGUUCGGGAAUGAAACAUUACAAGGAGCUAUAAAAAUACUGAAAAACGAGUUAGUGGUGACAGAAUGUCUACCAGAGCCACCUGUGGAGUACAGACGAAAAGUUGCAUUAGGAUUGUUUUACAAGGGUCUGCUUUCAUUGAUCCCAUCAAAUGUGCUCAAUGCUAGAAUGGCAUCUGGAGCCAUCAAAUUGAACGAGACGAGGCCGGUGUCAGAGGGACGACAAAUAUUCGACACCAAUCCUACGUUAUGGCCGCUGAAUAAACCUAUACCUAAGCUUGAAGCUUUAAUUCAAUGUGCUGGAGAAUCUACAUACACAGAUGAUUUACCAACUCUUCCAAGAGAAGUCUUUGCAGCAUUCGUUUUAACUACAGUACCUUUAGGCACUAUAGAUAAAAUCGAUCCCAGCAAAGCUUUGAAAGAACAUGGAGUGAUUGCAUUCUACUCGGCAUCUGAUAUACCUGGCGCAAAUAGCUACACGCCUGCUAUAAAUUUAUUUAACACGACUAAUGAGGAAUUGCUAUGCAACGGAGAAGUCAAAUAUUUUAAUCAACCUCUGGGUAUUAUCGUAGCUGAAUCUCAAAAAAUUGCCGAAAAAGCUGCUACUUUGGUUCACGUGACUUACAGUAAUGUAAGGAAGCCCGUUAUUGAUAUCAAAGUAUCAAAAAAUGAUCCUUCUAAAGUUACUUUAUUUAACACUCAAGUGGCCAAAAGAACGGGCACCGAAGUAACGAACGUGAUAAAAGGUGACAAUACAAUUUAUGCACAAUAUCACUUUACCAUGGAAACAUUAGUAUGUGUAACACAUCCUAUAGAAGAAGGCUUACGAAUUCAUUCUGCAACUCAAUGGCUGGAUGCAGUACAUACAAUGGCUCAAAGAGUACUAAAAUUAAAUCAAAGCAGUGUUGACGUCUCUGUUCGUCGUCUGGGCGGCGGUUAUGGCUACAAAUUGUCCCGUGUUACUCAAGUGUCUAUAGCUUGUAGCUUAGUUACAUACAAACUGAAUCGUCCUUGUCGAUUUAUACAAUCCCUUACCAACAACAUGAGGGCUGUAGGAAAAAGAUUACCAUGCUCUACAAACUUUGAGGUUCGAGUCAACAAAAGGGGAGAGAUUCAAUACGUGAAUUAUGAAUUAUACAGUGACAAUGGUUACAUGGUCAAUGAAAAUCUGCUUCUGUUGGCCGUUGAUGUGUUUAAUAAUUGUUAUGACAAGGAUACUUGGAAUUACAAGUCUUAUAAUGCAAUAACUGAUACACCAUCUAACACUUGGUGCCGUUCUCCUGGUACUUUGGAACAUAUAGCAAUGGCUGAAAUAAUACUCGAAAGAAUAUCUUACGAAUUGAACUUGGACCCAUUUGAUGUGCGUCUUGCUAAUUUAGACACAGUGAACCACAAUGACUUACGAGAGAUGGCUGAGACAAUAAAAAAUAAUGCUCAAUACGUCGAAAGGAAGGCUGCAGUUGAAAAAUUCAAUUCAGAGAAUAGAUGGAAGAAACGUGGUUUAAGACCUAGUUUUCUUCGAUGGACCCCUUUCGGAUACCAGUAUUUUGAUGUGAACAUGUCCGUUUAUAAUGAUGAUGGUACAGUAGUGAUCACACAUUCGGGUGUUGAAAUGGGCCAAGGUGUUAAUACAAGAGUUACCCAAAUAUGUGCGUAUUUCCUAAAGAUACCUAUAGAGAAGAUUCAAGUAAAGCCUAACGAUACUGUUAUAUCACCUAACAGCUUUCCGUCUGGGGGUAGUUUAACGUCCCAAAAUGCUGGUAUUGGCGUCCGAAGAUGUUGUGAAGAACUGCUUAGCAGAUUAGAGCCAGUUAGAACUCAGUUGACCAAUCCUACUUGGGAAGAGUUAAUAAAAAAGGCUUAUGAAUUGGAGGUUGAUUUACAAGUUCACAGUUUAGUUACUGCGAAAGACAUUCAGAUGUAUCAUAUUUAUGGAAUAGCUCUAGCUGAAGUUGAAGUUGAUGGCCUCACAGGAGAGUGGCAGUUUAUAAGAGCAGAUUUACUGGAAGAUACUGGUCGAAGUGUUAAUCCUGAAAUUGACGUCGGUCAAGUUGAAGGCGCUUUCAUCAUGGGAACUGGUUAUUGGACGCACGAACAUUUAGUUUACGAUCCUGAUACCGGCGAAUUGCUCACCAACCGAACUUGGGACUACUGGGUACCUCAGGCCAGGGAUAUUCCCCAGGACUUCCGAAUUUACUUCAGGAAAAGGUCGUUUAGUACCGAACUCAUUCUUGGAGCCAAAGGUACUGGUGAACCGGCGACAUGUAUGGGCAUCGUCGUAGCUUUUGCACUGAGAGCCGCCAUUGCCGCCUUGAGGCUUGAAUCUGGAAUACCUAAAACGCAAUGGUUCCCAAUAGAUGGACCUUUCACCGUGGACAAAAUCGGUGUUGCAUGCGCAGUCAAUACAGACGAUUUCAAAUUUUACUGAUUACUACUUCUAUGUUUAUUCUAUCCACGGAAAGAAGUUAAUAUAGGGUUUUCUCUGUUAUGUAAUGUCAUACAAAUGACAGAAAAAAACUUUUUGCGAGUAACUCAAAAUGGUUAAAGGUUAGAUUUAUGUCUCUGUCAUUUGGCAUGCGAUUACGUAACAGAGAUAGCCCUAUACUAAUUUGUAUGGAUAGAGCAUCUUCUACGUGAACGGGUCAUUUCCAAAAAUAUUUUUGCACUAACACAAAUAGAGGCAAACAUAUUUUUUAUAAUGUAUAACGAUGUAGUGUAUGACUUUGGUGGAUGUAAGAAUGUUAUGUAAAUAUAUUUAGAGAUAAAAGCAUCACUUUUAAGACUUGUUAAAAAUUUGCAAAUCCUCAAAGCAAAUAAACGGUUCAAGGAGAAAUACUGGAUAAACAAAGCUACUCGAUAAGAAUCGAGCAAAAUAAAAUGUUUAGUAAA